AUGAUCGCCACCAAUAUUUUGACAGGCAGCCACAAAUUUAGACACCCCUCAUACUGCCUCGCUAUACUCUCGCUCCAUCACUGCUCUUUAACAACCAACCCACUCCCCGGCGGCUCUAGUAGUGAUAUACUCUACAAUAUAUGCAAAAGCCUUGCGUUUGAAAUCUGCCAGGGUGUAAAGUGGUAUCGCGCCAGUACACGUGUAGGAUGGAAGGCACGAAGGGUUUGCGGCCGAUCCAGCAUCCAGAAAUAUGGAGCUGAGAGAAUGUUGACAGCCGUAUUAUAUCUCAAGGUCUUCAUCAGUAUCAACGCAGUCUACGAUGGACGAAUUCUUUGCCAAAGAAUCGUAAACAUAGUCAAUCCUGGUAUUUCUAACAAGUCAUCAGGAGCUGCUCUUCUAGAAUACGAAUUCACUUCUACUAGGCUCCUAGAAAGACGUCAAGUCGUGCCAGAGCCUGAAUGUCUAGAGGUAGAUUCGCGUGAUAUGAAAAGAGCCACGAGUGCCGGCAUCUUCGACCAGCUGAAUGCUGCACCAAGGGGCAGGAGAGUCGGAUAUUGUUACGUAAGCUCCUGUGAAAAUGUUGAACCUUCCAAGGUGGGCCAUCACAAAGAGAACAAUGAGAGGGUUCCUAAUCCACUGGACCGUUAUUACCUAUCUCCUCUGGGCGAGAGAUCCCCCAGUUGGGUGAGCAAUAAUCACGUGAAGCCAUGCUUAUCUAAGCAGAUCAACUUCAUGUCAUUGAAGCAAGUGAGGACCAAGACUCCACAACCCAUGCACAACAAAUCAAUAAGAAAAUAUUCAGAAGCGGAGAAGGGACGAACAGACGUCGAUGAGGUAGACCCAACCGACGACAGGGAACCUCGAAAAUUGGAUGCAUCAAAUAGGCCAACCCACCUGAGCUGUUUCGGGACCUCGAAGGAUCCCAAAUUCCCAGAGCGACCACCAAGCAGACGGAAACUCUACAAGUCAUGCACACCAGUCGGGAUGCUUGAAGGGGUAGGGUGGAUCACUGCAGGUGCCCAUGCGUCAGAAUGGGUGAGGGGCUUGGCGCUCGCUACUGUCCAUUAUAUACCAUGUCGCCCACCUCCUCCGCCCAUCCCUCUUACUCCUCACUCCAGUCUCUUCACACUCAUCUCGGAACUCCACACAACCAUUGCAAAUCAUCCUGAAACCAAGUCAAAGCAUCAUUGGUACAAGUUUGGACAUCUUCUUGACCAUUUUUAUUGUCUUUACGACAUCCCACCUCUUCAGCUCUUAAUGAGGCCACCAUUCCUGCCCACCACAAUGUCUGAAUCCGAUUCCAUUCGACUCAGGAGUGGUGCGCAGUAUCGGAAAGCCGAGUUUGUUGAUGGCAAAGUCGUUCGUAUCCAAGAACAUCGUCGUCGCGCAGAGGUGUUCGACCUGGCUGGUCCGUCGACGUCAAAUCGUCGUGACCAAUUCGGCAGGGCAUUAAACGAUCGAAUGAAGUCGAAGGGCUUUCCUAUGGAGGAUCAGAAUACUCCUGGCCCAAAUCUACGGGAGCUGAACACCACGAGGCACGUGACUGGGUUAGGCCACCCAUCCAAAGGGUCAAAAGCCAAAGCAGUCAUUUUCCAGAAAACAAAACCAGCCAAAACCACAGAGGAGCAAGGAUUGAAGUCUCAUGAGAUAUCAACCUUGCUCACGCCGCCACCGACUCCGAAAAUCAAACGCCUUCCGACGCCCGAACUUCCUGAUCUUGACGGAUCCCCAUUCUGCGACUGCUGCAUUGAAGCGCACGUCAUCAAAUACUGCACCUCGCAUGAUUCUGCGUAUUCUCUUUAUUUCUUCGAUUUGUACGAAAAAUGGCGUUCGCUACGAAUCAGUUACUUUCAGAUCUUCCCUUAUUUAGGAUCUGGUAAUUCUCAGAAUGAUCUUGGCGGCACUGUAUUAUGUGGAGCGACAAUAUGGUGUUAUUUUCAAGUGGAUAUCGAACCACGUCCCAUCAUGACCUUUGUAUUCUAUUGA